AUGUUCGAACAAGCCGCUGAGAGUGAAGGCUUGGUGAUCCGCAGGCCGAACUUCACCAAGGAGAUGGGAUUUCCACUACAAGAGGUGUUGGAGAUGGUGAAUCCAAAGACAUCUCUGAUUGUGCUCAGCAAUCCCAACAAUCCCACUGGAACGGAGAUUCCCCGAGAUGCCAUCAUGGAAGUGUUGAAAAAGUGCAGUUGCGCGAUUUUGGUGGACGAGUGCUACUUCGAAUUUAUGGAUCCCUCCACUUCUGUGGCGAAUGAGGUCGAGACCUAUCCCAAUCUCUUUGUGAGCAGAACCUUCUCAAAGACCUGGGGUUUUCCCUCGUUACGCCUGGGCUACCUGCUUUCCACGGGCAGCAACGUGAGUGCACUGACCUGUGUGCGCGGGCCCUAUGACAUCAACCAGCUUGCCGUGGUGGGUAUCUUAGCUGCUCUGAAGCAGCGCGACUACGUCUUCGAAUAUGUCAGGGAAGUGAUGGAACCCUGGUGCAAUGGUUCAGUCGCUGUGAUGGGCCGAUUAGAAUCCAACCCGAGUUUCUCCAAAGUUCUAUGGCCAUCCCCCGAUUUCCACGCAGCCCUUAUGGCUCGAGCCUUCGUCCGCGUCAGCCCUUGGCAGCGCCGUGAUCCCGGCGCCUGGCUCGGCUGCGGCUCGGUGGACGUGAUGCCCAAUGCCAUCGAUGUCGGCGUGCGGCGAGGGAUGACCUCGGCCUCGGAAAAGAGUCACCGCUUCGUGGCAGUUGCUUGUUUCAUGUUGAUUGAAAAGGCGAUGGUCGCCAGUGGUCUCUCGAAGUUCUUACCGGGCACCUUACUGGGCAUGUUUGCCUUGUUCGGCUUUCUGCUGACCUUAGAUGCCUCAGGAAACCCUGGUGCGGCCAAUGCCAUCUUUCGCUUCCUGGAGCCCGGCUAUCGCUUUCUGCUGAAAUGGGCUCCGGUGUUCUUUACGCCAGCCUUAGUGAAGCUGCCGUUGGUGGAAGAGCACAUCUCGGGUUUCGAGUUCUUGCGCUUGGCUGUGCUGAUUUUUGUGGGGGGCAUGCUGCAGAUGGCCGCUGUUGCCAUGAUUGCCAGAUGGCUGGCCAACCGCGAGAAGGGCCCACUCCUGGAGGUCGCCGACUCGUCCCCGGUCUCGCCCGAUUCGUCGCCGAAGAGUGACAAGGAGCCUUAUCCUCGACCUGGCAGGCCAUUCAAGCGCAGGUGGCUGCCUGUGUAUGGACUGAUCAUGCUCGUGGCCCUGGGACUUCUGCACUUUGGCCGUGAUUCUCCCAGCUGCGAGAUAGCUUACAUGCUGUGUGCAUCGCUUCUGGCUUUCGUCUUGGGCAAUUCGAUGCCUGCCAAAGCCAAGUCGAUCUUUCAUCCCAUCUUCGCCGGUGUCCUGGGCUCCUGGUUGGCCUUGGCCCUGUGGGCCCAGCAGGAUGAGACCCGUAGUUUCAGAGAAGUCCUGGUGACGUACAGUUCCCCCGGUGGUGCUGGGCCGCUCAUGUCCAUGCUUUUGAAUCCGCUAGUGGUGGCCCUGGCGCUGCUGCUCUUCGAGCGCCGGAAGCUGCUCCGACGCGAUCGAAAGCUGAUCAUUGGUACCUCGUUGCUGGGUGCCGUCUCGGGCAUUUUCGGCACCGCUCUGAUGGCGCGGCUUUUGCAGCUGCCGGGCCCCUUGGCCAAGCCCACGGUGGGGCGCUACUGCACUGCGCCCUUGGCCCUGGCAGUGGCGGGGAACAUCUCCGCGUCGCCGCCUUUGACCGUUGCCAUGGUCGUGGCCAGCGGCUUCGUCGGCAUCUUCGCGGCGCAGCCGCUGCUGGCGCGGCUGCAGGUGACCAAGAGCCGCGAGCGGGGCCUUGCCAUAGGAGCCGUGUCACACGUGCUGGGCACAGUUUCCCUAGCCAGCUGGGACGAGAAGGCAGUGCCCUACAGUGCCCUGUGCUUUGUCUUGGCCAGCGGCUCCACUGCCGCCUUCACUUCGUUGCCUCCGGUGCAAGCGCUGCUCCUUUGGAUCCUACCCGCGUGUGACAUUUUGGUCAGCCAUUUGGGUGUCCUCUUGAACUUUUGCACUUUUUGGACGUUUGCACUUUUUCUGGAUCAGUCGAAGCCGUUGUUCGAGGACUUCUUGAAGAAGAGAGGCAUUGAGUUUUGGCCCACCGCGGCCAACUUCAUCUUUUGCUACUUCUCUGAGCCUGUGCGCUUGGAGAGCGCAUUGCGGGAGAGAGGCAUCCUGGUCCGACCAAAGAAGGACCACAAGGGCGUCCUUGGCCUUCGUGUCAGCUUCGGCACGGUGGAACAAAUGAAGCAGGUGAUUCAAGCCAUGGAAGAGCUUCUUUGA